AUGGGUGACGGGGAUGAGCCCCUCCCUAUCAUCACGCGCACGACCACCCAUCCCCGUCUAGUGAGGUGCAUUUUGAGGCGCCUCAAAAUGCCCCUCCCUAUCAUCACGCCCACGACCACCCACCCAUCCCCGUCACCACUCCUGCCGCAUGCGGCAUGCCAUCACAGAAAGAAGCCUCUUAGUGCUGAUACGGAGGUGAUCGCUUUUGAGUCGACUCAAAAGAAGCCUCUUAGUGCUGAUACGGAGGUGAUCGCUUUUGAGUCGACUCAAAAGAAGCCUCUUAGUGCUGAUACGGAGGUGAUCGCUUUUGAGUCGACUCAAAAGAAGCCUCUUAGUGCUGAUACGGAGGUGAUCGCUUUUGAGUCGACUCAAAAGAAGCCUCUUAGUGCUGAUACGGAGGUGAUCGCUUUUGAGUCGACUCAAAAGAAGCCUCUUAGUGCUGAUACGGAGGUGAUCGCUUUUGAGUCGACCCAAAAGAAGCCUCUUAGUGCUGAUACGGAGGUGAUCGCUUUUGAGUCGACUCAAAAGAAGCCUCUUAGUGCUGAUACGGAGGUGAUCGCUUUUGAGUCGACUCAAAAGAAGCCUCUUAGUGCUGAUACGGAGGUGAUCGCUUUUGAGUCGACUCAAAAGAAGCCUCUUAGUGCUGAUACGGAGGUGAUCGCUUUUGAGUCGACUCAAAAGAAGCCUCUUAGUGCUGAUACGGAGGUGAUCGCUUUUGAGUCGACCCAAAAGAAGCCUCUUAGUGCUGAUACGGAGGUGAUCGCUUUUGAGUCGACUCAAAAGAAGCCUCUUAGUGCUGAUACGGAGGUGAUCGCUUUUGAGUCGACUCAAAAGAAGCCUCUUAGUGCUGAUACGGAGGUGAUCGCUUUUGAGUCGACUCAAAAGAAGCCUCUUAGUGCUGAUACGGAGGUGAUCGCUUUUGAGUCGACUCAAAAGAAGCCUCUUAGUGCUGAUACGGAGGUGAUCGCUUUUGAGUCGACUCAAAAGAAGCCUCUUAGUGCUGAUACGGAGGUGAUCGCUUUUGAGUCGACUCAAAAGAAGCCUCUUAGUGCUGAUACGGAGGUGAUCGCUUUUGAGUCGACUCAAAAGAAGCCUCUUAGUGCUGAUACGGAGGUGAUCGCUUUUGAGUCGACUCAAAAGAAGCCUCUUAGUGCUGAUACGGAGGUGAUCGCUUUUGAGUCGACUCAAAAGAAGCCUCUUAGUGCUGAUACGGAGGUGAUCGCUUUUGAGUCGACUCAAAAGAAGCCUCUUAGUGCUGAUACGGAGGUGAUCGCUUUUGAGUCGACUCAAAAGAAGCCUCUUAGUGCUGAUACGGAGGUGAUCGCUUUUGAGUCGACUCAAAAGAAGCCUCUUAGUGCUGAUACGGAGGUGAUCGCUUUUGAGUCGACUCAAAAGAAGCCUCUUAGUGCUGAUACGGAGGUGAUCGCUUUUGAGUCGACUCAAAAGAAGCCUCUUAGUGCUGAUACGGAGGUGAUCGCUUUUGAGUCGACUCAAAAGAAGCCUCUUAGUGCUGAUACGGAGGUGAUCGCUUUUGAGUCGACUCAAAAGAAGCCUCUUAGUGCUGAUACGGAGGUGAUCGCUUUUGAGUCGACUCAAAAGAAGCCUCUUAGUGCUGAUACGGAGGUGAUCGCUUUUGAGUCGACUCAAAAGAAGCCUCUUAGUGCUGAUACGGAGGUGAUCGCUUUUGAGUCGACUCAAAAGAAGCCUCUUAGUGCUGAUACGGAGGUGAUCGCUUUUGAGUCGACUCAAAAGAAGCCUCUUAGUGCUGAUACGGAGGUGAUCGCUUUUGAGUCGACUCAAAAGAAGCCUCUUAGUGCUGAUACGGAGCACGUCAUCAAAGAAGCCUCUUAA